AUGACAACUCCUGCCUCGAAGAAACGCAAGACCUUCCACCACUAUUUCGACCAGAACAAUCGUGCCCCUGCCGUGCAAAGUCGGCCAUCUACUCCCGUCGAACUUCCCAUUCCCGGACUCGCGUUGAUCUUGGACUUCGUAACUGCGGACGAAGAGGCGGCACUUCUCACAUUUCUUGAAACGCGGAAAUGGAGGACUGAUCUUCGCCGACGAUGCAUCCAUUAUGGAGGCACAUACUGCCUCAUGCCUCCACGAGACGCGUCAGUUGAGGAGCGUCAACGGAUCGAGGGCACCGUCAUUGAGGCAGACCCAUUGCCCACCGAGCUCGAUUUUGUAGUGGACAGGAUGCUGGAGCACGGUCUAUAUCAAGAAGAGAACAAACCCGCAUUCUGCAUUGUCAAUGAGUAUGUUGGAGUCCAAGGCAUAAGUGCACACGUGGAGAAUUUUCGCUUUGACAGCCCGGUAUGCGGCUUGACGCUACAUAACGGAGAUGCAAUGCGGUUCCAUGAGCUAGCUUGUGCCGAUGAUGCAAGCGUGAGAUCUGGAGGAGCCAGCAAAUCACCGCGCACUGGUAAGAUGCAAGACGUAUGGCUCCCACCGAGAAGUUUGCUCGUUAUGAAGGAUGAGGCAAGGAUGAAGUGGCAGCAUGAGAUCCGAGCUGUUCGUCGAGCCUUGGGCUUCAGAAGAGUGUCUCUGACGUUCCGCACAGAAAGGUCGCGGCCCGGUCAACAAUCUACCUACGAAGGGAAGCCUAUGAAAAGAAGUAGACAAGAUUGA